CGUCUUUUGUGGCCGCCGCUCGUGCCCCGCGGCGCCCCCGCCCCGCCGGUGCGCGCGGGCGGGGACCAGGCCUGACGCCCCUCCCUUGGGGAAGGCGCGCCCGGCCCCGGACGGUCCCCGAGCUCCCUACCCCACCCCGCGCCCGGCCCAGAUUGCGGGCCCUGCCUGCGGAAGUGUGGGGCCGCGGCGUCGCGUCCGUAGGAGCCUGUCGCCUGCGGCCGCGCUUGGCGGCGUUAGGGCGUGCCCAGAUCCAGCGAGAGGGGAGAUGGCCGAGCAGGAGCCCACCGCCGAGCAGCUGGCGCAGAUUGCCGCCGAGAACGAGGAGGACGAGCACUCGGUCAACUACAAGCCCCCGGCCCAGAAGAGCAUCCAGGAGAUCCAGGAGCUGGACAAGGACGACGAGAGCCUGCGCAAGUACAAGGAGGCCCUGCUGGGCCGCGUGGCCGUGUCCGCCGACCCCAACGUCCCCAACGUCGUGGUGACCCGCCUGACCCUGGUGUGCAGCACGGCCCCAGGCCCCUUGGAGCUGGACCUGACAGGUGACCUGGAGAGCUUCAAGAAGCAGUCCUUUGUGCUGAAGGAGGGUGUGGAAUAUCGGAUAAAGAUCUCUUUCCGGGUGAACCGAGAGAUCGUGUCUGGCAUGAAGUACAUCCAACACACAUACCGGAAAGGCGUCAAGAUUGACAAGACUGACUACAUGGUGGGCAGCUACGGGCCCAGGGCCGAGGAGUACGAGUUCCUGACGCCCAUGGAGGAGGCGCCCAAGGGCAUGCUGGCGCGCGGCAGCUACAACAUCAAGUCCCGCUUCACAGACGACGACAAAACUGACCACCUGUCCUGGGAGUGGAACCUCACCAUCAAGAAGGAGUGGAAGGACUGAGCCUGGCCCGGGAGACGGGCAGGGCGGACGGAUGGAGGGAUGUGCGCGCCCCACCCCACCCCACCCCACCCCGACCCGACCCCAUACCAAA